CUGGAAACUGAAAAUUUUUCUAGCCUCUAGCCUUAUUCUGUGGAGUCGAGAUUUUAACGUUGUAAAUACAGUAAAAGAACUAAGAAGUCCAUCAUUGUCCGUUGUCGAGAGCUCUUUGAUCUUCAAGUAAAUAUAGAAUAAUCUUUGUAAUUUCGCCUCGGUGAUGUAAAUAACUUAAAAGCCAAUAAGCUAAAGGAGAUAAUAAUUGCAAGUUCAAAAAUCAUGGCGUGUAGAUGUCUCGGGCGAAAAUAUUCAAAGUAAUUUCGAAAAAACACUCUGCGAGAGAAUUGUUAAACGGGCUUUCGAUAUCACAAAAGUUUAGCACAUGCACUUCAGACUUGCAUGUAGAUUAACGCUACCCUAGGAUCCGCAACACAAUUGGUUGAGAUCUGACGUUGCUCUGACAGCUGUCAAACUUUUGAUCAGAGAACAAUCAUAUUGUGACGAAUGUUUCCAAAUUUAAACGAUGAAAUUGGAAACGGCUUUCCUCGCUGGAAGAUAAAUGUCACAUCUAGGUAUGCCGGCUUUGUAGUUGCUCCCUUGUAAGUUCAAAGUUAAAGAUCGCACGAGAACGGCUUUCAUCUUCCAUUUUGAGAGUAAAGUGGGAAAUAUCUAAAAUGGUGUGGAUUUGCGGACGAAGUAAACCGAGCGAAAAGCUUGUACACAAGGAGGAGAGAACUUCACUGAAACAAAAGAUCUGUUAUGGAGUAGGACAUGUAUUCAACGAUCUUUGCAUUCAAGCAUGGUUUACCUAUCUUAUCAUCUUUUUUAACAAAAUCGUUAAAAUCUCCGCAAAGGGAACCGGUCUGAUUUUCCUCGCGUCUCAAAUCGCGGAUGCGAUUUCCACGCCAUUCAUCGGUUAUGGCUGCGACAAAAGCCUCUCAAAGACUAUCACCAAGAAAUUCGGCAAUAGAAAGAUCUGGCACUUAAUGGGCAGUGUUGGAAUCGCGUUGAUCUGGCCAUUUGUGUUCAGCCCGUGUUUAGCUUGCAACGAAGAUAGCCCUGACUGGGUUCCAGUGGCAUACUAUGGAGCUUUCGCAGCUUUGUUCAGCGUUUGUUGGCCAAUGGUGGAAAUAAGUCAUUUAUCACUUAUGCCUCAUGUUGCCAAACGGCCGAAAGAUGCGGUGGAAUUGAGCGCUAUUAGAUCAGCACUCAAGCUAGGGUGCGGCGUUUUUGUAUUUGUAGUUACUUGGAUCCUUCUUGGACAAAAUAGUGAAGAAACUGUGAACGAAUCUGCAAAGAGACAGUUUACGUAUCAAUCCAUAAUCGUCAUGAUUACCGGAAGCUUUUUCGCCUUUAUUUUCCAUUGGGGAGUGGAGGACGUCGAUAACGCUACAGUGGAAGCUAAAGAAAAUGAAAAACAUUCGCAAACAUCUUCAGCCAACGUCCCAAUAUGUGAGGACUUGGAAAAAAAAGCCCUCGAGAUCGAGCUUCAUAAGCAGGAAGAACAGGAACAGAACCAGAAUGACGAAAAGAAAAACUGGAUGAAAUGGCUUAAAAAUCCUGACUUUUAUAAGAUUGUUAUAAUAUACAUGACGACACAGAAUGUGGUUAAUUUGAAUCAGUCGUACUUUCCCAUGUAUCUAACGGAAACUCUUCACUUCCGGAAGGAAGCCAUUGCAUAUUUUCCAUUAAUGAUCCUGAUUAGUGGAAUUCUCAUGAGCACAGUGAUGAAGAGAUUAAACAGGAGCUUCUCAAACAGGGUUUUGUUUUGUGUUGGUGCGGUCAUUGUUAUUGGCUGUGCCACUUGGUUCUACUUCACACCUCAGUCAAAGAGACAAAUGAUCUACGCACCCACAAUCAUCAUGGGCUGUGGAAACUCUAUGAUGCUUGUGACUUCAUUAGCCAUGGUAGCAGAGAUCAUUGGUGACGAUAAAAAAUCUAGUGGUUUUGUGUAUGGUGUGUGUGCUCUAAUGGAUAAAGCAUCGCUUGGUUUUAUAGUUCUCGCCCUGCAAGAAAAUUAUCCCGAGACAGAAGGGGCAUGUGGCGAGCCUUGUGCCCAGUACCUCAGAGGCGCCUUCUCGGUAUUCCCUGGGAUUGAAGCGCUGCUUGCUUUCCUGAUUGUGGCUCUUUUGUACCGUAAACCUGCCACAGACACUAAACGACGAAUGACAAUCUUAGCUAAAGACUUCUACACGGAUGAUAUCGACCUAGAACAAUUGCCUUAUCUAAAAGCCACUGAAGUAUAACGCUGCAACUAUCGACUUUACUUCCGGUUCACGUGAUAAGUGUUUGUUAGAAUAUGAUAAACUCGUGCGACUAGCAAAGCGGGAAGUGAUUGUGAGUAGCUUAGCCGAGGACCCAAGCAGAGCCCUCUUUACUGACCAGCGAGAGAACUGAGAACUAGUUUCGGGAAAACAAUUGAACUGUCAAUGGUGACUUUGUUGGUUUUUCGUUGUAGAAGAACCAUAAUCAUAGUUAUUUUUAAAAUUCAUAAACAAGAUCGUUUUAAAAAAAUUAUUAUGAAGUUUAUUUAUACAAUGCAGAGAACUUAUAGCAAAAUAGUGACAUCCACUUUCUGAAAGAAAGUAAUUUUUUAGAUUCCAUUAAUCCCUGAAAAUAUUUAUACCAUGGGAAUUGAAAUCAUACUCGACGUGGUUAGGAAAUUUUAAACUCUAAAGGGUUUUAGCUUAAUAAAUGCCUACAUCAAUCAAAUACAAAAUAAUAUAAUUAUUUUUUAAUCCAAACCAUUAUCUCACGGGGCAUUCGGUCAUAACGAUGUUAUUUCUUCGGUUUGUUUUCAUGCCAUUUAAACUAUCUUUUUAUUUUGAAAACACUUUUUAGAACACGUCUGUUAAUAAACUGGAGCGGGUUCUACUAUCA